AACACGAAGCCUCAUCGAGCACAAAUACAGUUCAAACGUUACGCCUCUCGGCCUCGAGGCGAGCGAUCUCCUCGGAGAGCCGCGCGGCGUCGGCCGCGUCGCCGGCGCCGGCGUCCAGCAGCCGCCGCUUGCGCGCGAGGGCGUGGUCGAGCUCGUCGGCGGACAGCGGCCGCGCGCGCCGCCGCGCGCGGAGGCGCUCGAGCAAUUCCUCCUCCUCCUCGCGCUUCGUCUGGAGGUCCGCGUUGUAGAAGUGGAGGCCGACGCACGCCGCGAGGAGCGUUAAUACGAAGGGGUGCGUCGCGCCGACGCCGCCGCCGAACAACCGCGACUCCGUGUCCACGAGCCGCUGCUGGGCCUUGGCCGCGGCCGCGAGCGCGUCGACCUCCUCGCGCGUCAUCUUUUUCUGGGGGACGGGCUCGGCUUUCGUCGGCUUGGCGGGCGGCUUCGCCGAGAGGCGCCGUCGCGUCAUGGCUGCGGGCGGCCGGGCGCGCGCGGCUCGGGCUAGAGAGCGGAGCAUGGCUCUGCUGGAUAUCUACGACAAGUCUACCGUUGCGGGCUUCGAACCUUGGGCACCAGUGCAGACUUUGCAGCGCUCUGAGCGGGUGAGCACCGGCGGGUAGUUACCAAUGGGCCGCUGCGCGAGCUGAAUCCGAUUCUGGCUGCAG